ACACUUUUCUUUCAGGGAAGGAGAGUUACCGAGCUUCAUUAGUUUCCUAAAAGUUUAAUAACAUUGAUUGGGAAAAUGAAGCAGCAAUCUCUCUUCUCAUUUUCACUUCUCUUUCUCUUUCUCCACUUCACCAAAACCCUAACCCAGUCACCAGCUGCAGCUCCAAUACAACCACCACCACCGGCACCAUCACUCCAGGCACCCCCAUCACAACCACCAUCUGGGGUUCAAGUACCUGUAUCACGUGGCCCUCUGGACGUCGUUAAAAUCCUAGGAAAGGCGAGCCACUUCACGGUAUUCGUUCGCCUAUUAAAAGCAACUCAAGUGGAUACAGAGUUAUUUUUGCAGCUCAAUAACACAGACAAUGGCGCAACAAUCUUUGCACCGACAGAUGGGGCGUUUUCUGGGCUUCAAGCAGGAACCCUAAAUUCCUUAACCGAUGGAGAGAAGAUUGAGUUGGUGAAGUUUCAUAUAAUACCUACAUUUAUAUCAACUUCACAGUUUCAAACUGUAAGUAACCCUAUACGGACACUAGCCGGAACCGGUAAACGUUUUGCACUAAAUGUGACAACUGCAGGGAAUUUUGUUAACAUAACAACAGGACUCACAAAUACAACAAUAUCUGGUACUGUAUAUACUGAUAAUCGGCUUGCAAUUUAUCAGGUUAAUAGAGUACUGCUUCCUCUUGAUGUGUUUACUCCUAAACCUCCAGCUCCUGCUCCGGCGCCCGCGUUGGCACCGGAAAACCCUAAACAGGCAUCUCCAGUUGUGGAGAGUCCCACUUCUAAUAAUCCUAAGGAUGUUUCAGGUGCAGUAAGUUUAAUAGUAAAUGAUUAUUUAGUGUUGGAAAUUGUUGCAGUUGGUAUUGCUACUGCAAUGUCGUUUUGCAUCUGACGAUGCAUUGAUGAUCAUGGUGGAACGUUUUUCUUUUCUUUCCUUUUUUUUUUUUUUU